ACUGUUGUCAUCACUCUUCUGGUGAUUUGUCUGUUCAGGCAGCAGGCAAAGGACAUAGUCAUUUUCAAACAUUUGUUUUUAAUCUGUAUUUUAGGGUUUUAACAGCACUACAACAACAAGCUGGAACUCUGCUUAAGUUACCUUAUGUGGUCAUGGACAAUCAACAUAAGCACGGAGGGUCAGACAGCAGAGAGUCUCAUGGGCUUCAGAUUUCAGAGUUACACAAAGCUUUGGCUGAGGUGAAAUCACUACCUCGUGACAUCACACAUAUUGACCCGCGUAACAUCCGCGCCUCCCUCUCAGUCCUAAAGAACACAGAGAAGGGCACCUCGAACACUCGUGGGUCCUUCAGAUCCAGAGCCACGCUCCCCGAAAACAUGAGCCAGCUGUCCAAUUGUCAGUUUCCGAGGCGGGACCAGCUAAGAGAGAGCUUAUCCGCCCCAGUGCCUCUUCCUGUUCCCAACGCUGCGUCAACCUCAGCUGAGGAAGGACAACUGCAGCCCAGCUUACCGUCCUCACAUCUUGUCUUCCUUGCUCACCUGGUAGAAAAGUCCAAGAUGCUGCCGUCUGACUCCAUCUUUUCUAUUGGAGAACGGCUUAAGAGGCACGAGAUACAUCCACACAUACUGGGUGUGCAGGCUUGGAGCAAACGAAGGUCCUGUGGGCCACAGUGGAUACGGCCAAAACAGUUUCCCCAAACAGGGUCAACCACUGAAUGGUUCUUUGAGGAUCUGGUGGACCUCCAGAGGAAGCUGUUUUUAGGUGCCUCAAAGCAAACUGGAUUUCAGAGGAACAAGAAUUGACUUGCCACGACUUGUAAGACCACUCAGCUGAAGAGAGUCGGAGACACAGAAAAGAUUAAAUGAAACCGAAUAAUUAAAACAG